CUGGUAUGUGUGUUUCGAUCGUAGAACCUAUUCCUAAACCUGAAGAUAAUACAAUAUCAUUAUCUCAAAUAAUAAAGGUGAGUUCUUCUAUCAUUAAAGCAGAAGAGAUAGUAGAUGUUACCAAUGCUACUAUCAUCGAUCGUGAGACUGCUGAAUUUUUAGAGACUAAACCAAAAAAGACUUUAGAAGAAAUGCGGUCUCUGGACUGA